AAAUUUCGUAAGAGUUAGCUGAAAAUUUAUAAAAUCACCAUAAUAGCACAAUCCGAAGUCCCAAGAAGAAGGUUCCAGUGAGGCUCCAUCAACCUGGGCCAAGAUCAAAGCUGAAAUUUGCCAUUACUCAUCAUGGAAAGAUUAAUGAAAGAGUAUGCUGCUUUUGAAGAGAAAGUGAAGCGUACUAUAUUCAUCGACAGUCUUUCACCUGUGGCUACUGAAGCUGUAGUUAAAGCUUCGUUAGAUCAAUUUGGUAAUGUCAUUCAGGUCAAGUUUAUCCCGAACUACAUAGAACCAAAGAACAUUGGACAAUGUGCAUUGGUUGAGCUGGAAAAUGCAGACCAGGCGAAAACUAUAAUCUCCCAGAUAAGUAGUUCCUCAUUUAUGAUCUGUGGUAUGCCAAGGCCUGUCAGGGCACGUGCUGCUGAAGCAGAGAUGUUCGAUGACCGUCCUAUAAAACCUGGUAGGAAGAUAGUAUGCCGAUGGUUGGACUCCAGCGAUCCUGAUUUUGAGGUCGCCAAGAAGAUCAAGCUUAUGGUUAGCAAACAUGCAGAAGAAACCAAGUUUUGCCUCAAGCAACAACUAGAGGAGGAGGAAAAUCUUGCGAAACAACAGACAGAGAACUUGAACGCUACUUAUAAGAAGUAUGAACUCAUAGACAGUGUUGUUGGCAACAAAGUCGCUGAUCGUUUGGCAGAACGCUACAGAGUGUGCGUUGCAAAAGCUGAGUAGCAAUAAACUUGUAUGUCCAACGCUUUGCACAAGAAACUAACAUAGACUUAAAAGAUUUUGCUUCCUGGCAAUCGAUUGACAUGUUUUGCUUUUUGUGAAGAUAAUAUUCAGGCAGUAGAGAGAGCUCACUCUAUAAAAGCUUGUGGAUUGUUUGGUUGAUCUUGAAUUUAUGUUUCAAGUAAAACCUGCAAGAGAUUACUUAA